GGGAGGCCACAAUGGAGGCCCCGCACGGCCGCCCCUGACGGACGACGAGGACCGGCGGCCCCGCGGUCCGACGGCGCCACAACGGGGGGCUUCCCCACCCAUCCCCGCUGGGGGCUGCGGCUGACACCGGGUCCCCCGCCUUCCUCCGGCCGGUGCCCCGCGGGCCCGGCCAGGUCCUAGCUGCACCCCCGUGGCGGGCACCAUGCCGUCGGGGCCCCCGCGGGCACCGGCCCUGGCGCCGCCCGGUCUCCCCCUGGCCUCGUCGGCCCUGAUGCUGCUGCUGAGCUGCCUGUGGUGGGCAGGGGCCGGCCGCAGCCUGGCUCUCAACCUGGACUUGACCCUCGGACACUGGCAGGCGUACCGGCUGCUGACCUUCCCCCUGGGCCACACGGCCCUGCCCGCCCUGCUCCUCAGCCUGGCGCUCUGCCCCAUCCUGGGCUGGUAUGAGGAGAGCCGCCUGGGCACCCUCCGCUACGUGUGGGCCUCGGUCCUGGGCACCCUGGGCAGCGGCCUCCUCUACGUGCUCCUGGCCGGGCUGGGGGCGCCCGGGGCGGGCAGCGCGUGCGGCUACACCCCGGUCCACCUGGCCCUGCUGGCGUCGCGGCCGAGGGGCCCGGCGGGCGGCCCGGGGCGGCUGGUGGCGGCGGCCCUGCCCUGCCUGCUGCUGCUCGGCCUGGGGCGGCUGCUGGGCGAGGAUUCCCCGCUCCUCCUCCACCUGUGCGCUCUGGUCUGGGGCCUGCUCUCUUCGUCGGGGAAUCUCCGGUGUCUGGAGCUGUCCGAGCGGCGGCUUCGGCAGUGGCAGAACAGUGCGAUGUGCAGGGCCCUGAAGGCCCCUUGGCUAUUCCGCUUUGUCCCCGCCCCGGGUCAAGCGGGGGUCCUGCCCUUCACCCAUCCAGCCGGGACCAGAUCUCCAACUCCAGUCCUCCCCCCGAACCCUCCCGGAAUCCUCGGCUCCGGCCCGCCCCGGCCCCCAGCCCUGGGGAUGACCCCCCUGCUGGCCCCGGGCCUGGCAGGUGGACCCUCGUGGCCCGGGGCCCCAGCUUUCUCUGAGCCAGUCCCCGCCCCGGGCAGCCCCCCAUCCCCGCCGAACCCGCCGUCUCCGUGGCUGCUGGCGGAGGCCCUGGACGAACGGCUACUGCAGGCCGGGAUCGAGGCCUCGCUGCUGGAGCGGGGUCCCCCGGGGCCCGCCGAGGAGCUGCGCCUUCCCAAGUCCUCCGUGUCCUCCCUGCGGCUGCAACAGCUGGAGCGCAUGGGCUUCCCCACGGAGCAAGCCGUGGUGGCCCUGGCGGCUACCGGCCGCGUGGAGGGAGCCGUCUCGCUGCUCAUCGGGGGACAGGUGGGGGACGAGGUGCUGGUGACCACGGAGGCCAGAGCCCAGCGUCCUGGGGAGGGCGGCGGCCUCGCGCCCCAGGACCCGGGCCACUCCGGCCCCUGACCUGGACCAGCCGGGACCCGAAGAGCCAGGAUGAGGCCAGAGCUCAGAGGUCGCAGAGUCUCUACAGAAUCCCUGCCCCUUGGUCGGGAGCGGGAGUGAACUGGGCCAGGUGGAGGGGAGGGACCCCCCGAUUCCAGUCCCAGAUGGGCCCGAGGUGGGCCAAGAAUCUGGGAGGGGGAGAGCGGGGGUGUCAGGAGGGAGGGAGAGAGGGAUGAGGGGAGGAAGGUGGCCGCUGGGCGCCAGACAUGCGUCAACCCUUCGGGAGCCAGCGACUUGCUUCUCGAAAGGAAUAAAACUGAGCCUUAAAAGCAAAA